AUGCUGCCAGCCAAGGACAUUGGACCCGAGGUGUGGAAAGCCGGAGUCGAUUGCCUGGACAGCUUUGCGCAAAUCUUUUUCUACAGGAAACCCGCUGAGCGUUUCACCAGAGCUUACAACCUAAUGCUGACCCAUGCCUUCAAUCUCUCCAGUCCGGCUGACCAGAUCCAGGAGGGUUUCAGCAAGCGUAUCAACGAGGCGGCCACGGAUCCCACGGAGCCACGGAGAGGGGAACUCUUCCAGAUGCGAGUCGUUACCGAUCAUAGUAGACACGAUCGUAGCAAGAGCUUUGGCGCUUUGACUUACACGGAUAACUAUGUGAUAAUAGUGGACUCGGUGGAGCGACUGCUCAGCCUGAUGAGUCGCUUUAUAAGCAAGAUGCGCUCUUGGAAUCCCGGAGCCAGAUUCCUAGUGCUCUUUCACAACCCACACAUGCGGAAUAGACCCUGGACCGUGGCCUCUCAGAUCUUUAACGAGCUGAUGCACAGCUUCUAUGUGCAUCGCGUGGCCCUGCUCUAUGCCAACUCCUCCAUGGACUACAAUCUUCUGGUCAAUGAUUACUACAGCAAUGUGGAUUGCCGGAUUCUGAAUGUCCAGAGCGUGGGUCAGUGCCAUGAUGGAGAGCUGUACCCCAGUCCCAAUGCCGUGCAUGCUUCUAUGUUGGACUAUGUGGCGGGAUUUAGUCCUGCUUACUGCACCUUCUACGUCUGUGCCUCGAUUUCUGCGCCCUUUGUGGAGGCCGACUGCAUCACGGGCCUGGAGAUGAGGAUUCUGGGUUUUAUGAGAAAUCGAAUGAAGUUUUAUGUUAAUCAAACCUGCAGCACCGAGUCUCGGGGAGAGAUGGACAACAAUGGCGUAUGGAAUGGCCUUCUCGGUAAGCUAACCGACAACGAGUGCGACUUUGUUAUCGGUGGCUACUAUCCGGACAACGAAGUGGCCGACUUCUUCUGGGGCUCCGAUACCUAUUUGCAGGAUGCACACACCUGGUACAUCAAGGUGGCCGACCGCCGUCCUGCCUGGCAGGCAAUGGUUGGGAUCUUUGAGCCCCUUACUUGGGUUGCUUUUAUCCUGGUACAGCUGCUCAGUUGGUGGUGUUGGUUUGCCCUGGUGAAGGUGCUGCCGGAGCCGAGAUACUUCCAACAGAUCAGCCUGACGGCCAUCAACACCAUGGCCGUAUCUAUAGGCAUUGCAGUUCAGGAGCGUCCCAUAUGCGAGGCCACGCGGAUCUUCUUCAUGGCCUUGACCUUCUACGGGCUCAAUGUGGUGGCCAUUUAUACGUCCAAGAUGAUAGGAACAUUCCAGGACCCUGGCUAUCUCCAUCAGCUGGACGAACUGACGGAGGUGGUGGCCGCCGGUAUACCCUACGGCGGGCACGAAGAGAGUCGUGAUUGGUUUGAGAACGAGGAUGACAUGUGGAUUUUCAAUGGGUACAACAUCUCACCGGAGUUCACUCCGCAAACAAAGAACCUAAAGGCCGUGAAGUCGGGUGAACGCUGCAUCCUCAGCAACCGAAUGUACACGCUGCAGAGUCCCCUAGCGGACGACAUCUAUGCGUUCGAGCAGAAUGUCUUUAGCAGUCCGCUGCAGAUGAUCAUGAAGGCGGGCUUCCCUUUCCUGUUCGAGAUGAACAGCAUCAUCCGGCUGAUGCGGGAUGUCGGCAUCUUCCAGAAGAUCGACGCAGACUUUCGGUACAACAAUACGUAUUUAAACAGGAUCAACAAGAUGAGGCCACACUUUGCGGACAUGGCCAUUGUCCUGACCACGGAGCACCUCAAAGGACCCUUUGGCAUCCUGGUGGUGGGCAUCUUCUGUGCCGCCCUCACCUUUCUAGGGGAGUUAAUAACCCGACAUUGGCGCUGCCAGGUGGUCAGCAGAAAGCAGCAGGACAGGAUUAAGCGACGUCAAAAGAAGAGGCGUGGCAAGGGUAAGGGAAAGGUUAAGAGGAACAAGGGAUUUCAGGAUGGCAGUACCAUCCAAGUUCAAGUGGCUCCAGUCGUACGAUUUACGCCACUCAAACGACGCAAAGUUUUCUAG